AUAUCUGGCAGGCCUGGUCUCUUCUGUGAGUUGACAAAAAAUCUUGUGCUGUGCAGUAAAAGCAGAAAAUUUGUGCUUAAAUCUACAGACGGAAAACAAUUAAGUGAUUCAAAUUGAAAUGGCCGACGGUGCUGGAAAUUGGUGUCUCAUUGAAUCCGAUCCCGGAGUGUUCACAGAGCUUAUUCGCGAAUUCGGCUGCGAUGGUGCACAAGUAGAGGAGAUAUGGAGCCUGGGUAGCGAGUCCUUCAAAAAUUUAGAGCCCAUCCACGGCCUGAUUUUCCUGUUCAAGUGGGUUCAGGAGGAUGAGCCCGCCGGCAAAGUGGUCUUGGAUCGGGAGAACAUCUUCUUUGCCAAGCAGGUUAUCAACAAUGCUUGUGCCACCCAGGCAAUUUUAAGUCUUCUAAUGAACCUUGAUCACGAGGACAUUAAACUGGGCGAGACGCUCACCAACUUCAAGGAGUUCUGCCAGUGCUUUGAUCCUUACAACAAGGGAUUGACCCUGAGCAACGCCAGUCAAAUUCGCACUGUGCACAAUUCCUUUGCUCGCCAGACACUCUUUGAGCUGGACAUGAAGAACCAGAACAAGGACGAAGAUGUCUACCACUUUGUGGGUUAUAUGCCCAUUGGAGGAAGACUGUACGAACUGGAUGGUCUAAGGGAGGGCCCCAUUGAUCUGGGUGAAAUCAAGCCAGAGCAGAACUGGAUCGAUGUGGUGCGCCCAAUUAUAGAGAAGCGCAUGCAACGCUACAGCGACGGGGAGAUCCACUUUAACUUGAUGGCCCUAAUUUCGGACAGACAGCGCAUCUAUGAGCAACAGAUUGACAAACUGCUCAAUCCGGCUCCCGACGCAAUGGACACAGAGGAGGACCGUCAGGCGGAGAUCAGUAGCUUGCGCACCUACAUUCAGUACGAGAUCCAGAAGAAGAAGCGUUACAAGGUAGAAAAUGUGCGACGCAAGCACAACUACUUGCCCUUCAUAGUGGAGCUUCUGAAAAUGCUGGGCGAGACUGGACAGUUGAUGCCCAUCUAUGAGAAGGCCAAGCAAAGGGCGCUGGAUCGCGAACAGGCGCAUCGCAAGAAGGAUAUCAACUAGGCAUUUUCAGUAUAUAUAUUUUCCAUUGGGCAAUUCCAAAUUGCUGCGAUUUCAAAUAAACUAGAAAGAAAAGAUCAGAGAUAGAAUCGUGGAGAGCCAGUUAAUAUCGCUCUUUAGUAGUUAGGUGAAACUGCCUUUGUACUGUACUCUAGUUUUUAUAUUCAAUAUCCUGCUCUCUGCCAGUUAAUCAAACGCAUUUCUGCGUGUUAAGCUAAAUAUACCUAAUACCUAUAGAGAAAAAUUUAAAUAGAAUGCAAAAAUAAACAGUUUCGGCAACAUCAAGAAAA